AAUUGGCUGUGUGAUGUCAUUAAAGUUCUUUAAGCAGCUCGAGUAAGCUGAAGCGCGCGGAAUAACGGGGACAGGCGCACGAACCUUCAGACACCGGAGAGCGGCGGAAUAACCGAGAGAAACAGCUUUACCUGUGGUUUCUGUCCAGACGAGUGGAGCUUCUGUCUCUCAUCACGAUGAACAUUGGCUUCAGCAGGAGAAAAGAUAAACCCACCAUGCACAGCUCCGAGGCUCUGGUGAAGCAUUACGUAGCCUACAGCGCUAAGUUUUUGGGAAUCACGCCGGUCGAACAGCCGAAAGGUACAGAUGUUGUUCGGGUGGCUGUGAGAAAACUGAAGUUUCAAAGGCAUAUCAAAAAGUCAGAAGGGGAGAAAAUUCCCAAAGUUGAGCUACAAAUCUCCAUAUAUGGGGUCAAAAUAUUGGAUCCAAAAACUAAGGAUGUGCAGCACAGCUGCCAGCUGCACAGGAUGUCCUUCUGCGCUGAUGAUAAAACAGACAAACGGAUCUUUGCCUACAUCUGCACCGAGCCCGACACCAAGAGGCACCUGUGCUACGUAUUUGACAGCGAGAAAUGUGCGGAAGAGAUCACCAUCGCCAUUGGCCAGGCGUUUGAUCUGGCAUAUAAAAUGUUCCUGCAGUCUGGGGGGAAAGACGUGGAGUCGAGAAAACAGAUAGGAAACUUGCAAAAGAAGAUUCAGGAUUUGGAAAUGGAAAAUUUAAAGCUCAAGAAACAGCUCCAGUGUCUGGAGGAUCAGCUGAUCAGUGCACAGUCGUCACCGCUGUUGCAUGUUAACUCCUCGACGGAGGCCUGCAUGUCCUCUGCUCUGUCCUGCUUUACUGAUGACGCCUCCUCACUGUCCUCUCUAGAGAUUUCCUCUGUUACACUAACGCCUCUCAGUUCACCUGAUUUCAGCCAAUCGGCAGGCCUGCUGACCCCACCUCCUGCUAAACCCGCCCAAUUUCUGCCAACCGACGUCUUCAUUGUUCCACGACCUCGUGCUGGUAGCAUCCCGGUGAAAGCCACCUCGACAGACGUAUUCGACAUGGUACCGUUUACACCGGGAUCUUCCACAUCGAGGAUACAGACGUGUAACGGGAACCGGAAUUUCCCCUCACUGCCUCCCGUAGACCGAGGUACAGAUCUGUUCGGAGCCGUGCCCUUUGACCCCUUCACCUGCGGCCUCACGGACUACCCUCCAGACGUCCAGUCCAAAUUGGAUGAGAUGCAGGUGGAUUUUCAUUAUGCUCAGCUGAACAAAAUAUACAUAACUGAACUUCCUCUAACGAGCCACAGGACAUUUGUGAUGGAGGGGUUCAAAAUGGGUCUGACCCUAGAGGGCGCCAUUUUCUCCCUGGAUCAAGUGGACAGUCGAUGCUGAAGUCAAACAUCAUCGUUUUUGACGGCCGACCGUCUGAACAGAAUGAUAGAGAAGUAUUUCUAAUUACAUUCUGCAUUAAGGGAUGACAAUUUAACAGGCCAUGAACAAGUUGUACAGAUGCUUUCUAUUUUUAUAUUGUAAAAAGCGUGUCUGUAGAGAUUACAUAAUUUCAAUGAUCAUUGAUUUUAUCUUAAAGUCACCACACACACACGCACACACACUGUGUCAAAUCCUGCUGAAAAACACAGCUGUCAUAUUUUUGUGUCCGUAUUUUCCCCUCAUAUUUUUCCUCAGUAAUGUUUGCACUUUCUACAUUGGUCCUUAGACAUACAAACCUGUCCUCCGUUUCCAUCGUGUAUCCUGCAUUUAUGUAGAACAGCUAAUAUUUUCUUUAUGACUGUUUAAUAAUAUUACAUUUGGAAAAUAAAGGACAACUCACUGAA